UGCGCAAUUUGCAAAAAUAGGUACAUGCAGAAUUGACAUACCUUUCUCUCUCUUGUUUUUGUAGUUUCUACUAGUUUCUGUCAGUGUUGGUUCCAUAUAGAAAACAUCUAGUUCGUUGUACACUUGUGUUACUGUGAUCGAUUCGGUUCAUAAUUUUUGAUUUUCUAUACUCCAUACAAAAUGUUUUUAUACCUAACUAAUUGGAUCUCUAGAAGUUUGACGGUCGCUCUUUUCAUAGCUCUUACUGCAGCCCAAAAUCCACCCGUACCGGCCGGUCCAUCCCAGAAACUAAUAGAUUACUUCUUCUAUAAAUGCCAGAAUCAAACCCACAGCACCGCUGCUUUCGAUAAACUUUACUCAGACGCUGUAGCUUUCAAGGACUUUCUACAAUACGCUUUCAUGUUUAUUCCUGAGAGAAGAAAAACAUUUUGCAAUAGCGAAAGGAGUAAACUAGAACAAAGGAUGACGGAACUUUCGUACGACAUCAAGCCGUGCCUGGCCAGUGAGGAAAAGUAUUUAUCGGAAUUUAUGCGGGAUAGUUUUAAGGAGUUUUUGCAUUUCCUUUGCCAUAAUGAUGGUGAACAUGUAACAGCAUUCUUCCGUUCAAGUGCCAGCCAAUGUCGCAGUGCUUUACAAAAUGACAAUACCAAUCAAGUGGGAACAUGCUUUUCUAAAAUAUUCAAGCCUUCGUCGAAGACUAUCAAGAAAAAAGAAGUUUGUGAUGAUCUAUCUACGGCCGAAAAAUGUUUUGCAGAAAUUUUGGAACGUCAGUGUCCUGCAUAUGGACCGUACAAGGUCCUCAACAAACAAUUUUUCCAGUACGUGAGCAAGCCCUGUUCCGGCUGCGUUUUCUCUUUGAAUGUACUCUUGCUUGUGGCAUCAGUUUUAUUUUCAUAUAUCUUUACUCGUUAAUAAAUGUAUUUUUGAGAAAAUUUUAAAGUUGAAACAAUCGAAUGAUAUUUUUGAAAUUACAGGUUUUACCCUUAUUACAAUAGUUGUGGUAGGUCAAAGUAAUAAUAAUUGAAAAACUAUUAAAUUUGCCUGUACAGUUGAGCUGGGUCAUUCGUGUUUAUUAGGAUGUUGAUGAUAUAUUGGAAAUUAUAUAGAAUACUUGUUCUUCAGCAGUAGCUCUUUCAGAUUUUUUUUAACUGAACCAGGAAUGUUUUGAUAUUCACAAAAUAAUCUAGUCUUCUUGUUAAUGUCGCAAACUAGAUACUUUCCUAUGAACAAAGCCUGGAAGUUUUUUGAAACUUAUAAGAGUUGAGAGAAAGCAGGGGCCUCCCCUUUAAUAUAAUAUUCGAUUCCAAAUAUUUCUAAAUUAGUCCUCACCACAUUAUUUUUCUAAAAUUAGCACACCCCAGAAAGGUGUCCAUUAGACUGAUAUUGAUGAGCUGGAAAUUACAAAAACAUAUUCUUGGCGCAGUACGUCUUUCGUUAAUUAAUGGGCUCUAUAAUAAUUCAAAUUGCCAGGGAAGUUAAAAUAUUAUUUUUGAGUUAACUUUAUACUCUACUUAACAAAGGGAUAUCUCAACAAGAUCUCUGAUGAUCUGUCAACUAGAAAUAUUAAUUUUUUUUAUGGCUGUUUUCUCUCGAAUUAUGUGAAGUCUGGCUGGAAAAUAACAAUAUUUUUUUCCCUGCAACAUCACCUCAUCACUUUCACUAUACUCCCCUCCACUAUAGAAACACAAAGUCUGAGCAAGACAGUGCCUCCUAACCGGCUGGAAUGUCAAACGGCGUUUGACCUUGAGGCUCACACAGUUUGUCUGGUAGAAUAGCAGUGAUAUUUUCCAGCCAUCCCUCGUAGUUUGAUAUUGGUAGAAAGUAAUAAAACCUAAUUAUAUUUGCAAAACGCUUACAAGUUAUUAGAUACUGAUAAAUUUCUAGUCUUUAGUACAUAGAUUUUUGAUUAAUGACUAAAGGUGGUAUAUAAAAGGAGUUUCUUGAACGAAGCUUCAGUAAACAAAUUCUAUUCAUACAAUUCGUUUUGCGAAUGGUACAUCUUCAGGAUGUUAAAAUUAUUUGCUAUAAGAAAAGAACUUAAAAUUGGCACUACUUACAAGUAAAUUGAGUAUACUACAAUAACAGUAAUAAUUAUACAAACUAAUUGAAUUUUUUUCACAAGGAUGAUGCAUAAUUAGAGUUUAUUAUUCUCUCAGUAUCAGACAAAUCAUAGUAAAUUCUUACAUUUGAAAAUAUAUUCAGUUGAAUUGUUUUUCUAAUAUCUUAUAUUAUGUUCCCAAUCAAAAGUGGCAUAUAAAAAAAAUUGUGUUAAUAGAUGCUUUUCUCCUUAAAUGUUUCAUAUUUUGAAUUCCAAAUAAUAUAUUAUUCAGAAAUCGAUAACCAGCCUACAAAAAACCUUUGUUUUUUUUAGUUAAAAUAUUACAGCAUUCCACACUUUUUGUAGUUAUUUUGUUUUCAUCAUUUCAUUAUAAAAUCUUCAUAAGUUGUCUGUAGAGUUGAAGUUAUUUUUCUUGUGAAUAAACUCGGCUAUGUACUGUUCUGUAUCGAAAGUGGAAAUCAGCCUGAUUCUUUGUGCUUUCUGAUUCCACAACCUGCAUGAUACUUUUUGAAAUGAAAUAAUUUAUAUGGAUAUUCAAAAGUAUUCCUAUUUCUAGUUUGAUACCUUCUUCCUAUGCUUUUCUUCAAAUUGAAUUCGAUUUACUUUGGAGGUUAUAAAUACCUAUAUAGGUAAUGUGUAACCCCUACAAACAUCACAAGUUCAAUUAAAUGAGUGUUCGUCAGUUUAUUGCCAAAUUUUAAGUAGAAUACUCAUUAGGGUCAAUAUUGGAAAGCUACAAUUUUUUUUACAACAUGUAAAUCUUCGAUUGAGAAAUGGAGAAUUUCCACAAGUUCAACACACAUCUUUUAUUUUCAUUGUAUGAUGCGAGUUUGUUAUAAAACAUAUUUAGUUUAGGAAUUUUUGUCCAUGUUGACGACAUACUAAUUAGAAAGUAAAUUUGGUAGCAUUGUCAGCAGAUGUAAUAAAUUCACAUGGGCAUUAUGAAGAUGCAUAGAAACCUGAGAAUUUUUACAAAUUUCCUUUCGUUUUGUCAAAACCUCGACGCGAGAAAUGAGAUAGAUGGAACAAGAAUCAUUUCCAAAUGUAAACUUUGGAGUGGCUUAGCGCCUCUGUGAAAGAAAUGCCGAAGUACGUUGGUAUUUCUAUGCAUCUUGAGCAUUAUCAAUCCAGAUUGUCAUUCAUGCUAAAAAUAAUUUGCAACUUGCAAUUUGAUUUGAUCAAUCCAGAUUGUCAUUCAUGGAAAAAAUUAUUUGCAACUUGACAUAUUUUGAUUGAGCAGAGAGAAUAAGUGACUUUUUGGGGGUAUGACAGAUUUUGAAUGAGAUUGGGGUGAACAAAAUGUACCUAAUAUCCGUGUUUCAAGUUUCUCCACUUGGAAACUUUCCGGUUGAUUACUUCAACCAACUGAAGCACGCUGUUAUGAAUGAAACAACAAAUUUCAACAGACCAAUCGGUGGAUUCAGAAACAAGUUUCCAUUCAGUGUGUUAAUUUUUUUUAAUACUAGUAUUAUUGAAAAUUGAUAUGACUGUUCUAAUUAGUAUGUUAUCAACUUAUGAGAAGUAUAGAGUGCAGAAAAUUUAUAAAAAUGUUUACUAUUUGAAUGAUAUUCAUUCUUAUAGAUGGGUAUACCUGUUUAAAAACGAAAUUUAAAAUACAUUUUCAUAUAUUGAACUUUAAAUAGUGUUGGUGAUAAAAUUUUGAAUAUUUUGUAUAUCAGGAAUACUAAAAUGUAUAUAUUUUUGUUAUUUUUAAAUAAUAGAUUUACAAACCAUGUAUAUUUUGUCCAAUAAAAUGUAGGUACGUUCAGAA